CCUCCUCCCGCCCCAGGGUGAGCGCGAGCCACCUCCCUCCCUCCCUCCGCCAUGGAUCCCGGCAACUGGAGCAGCUUCAUCUUCCAGGGUCACGCCCAGAACCCCCUGCAGGUCGGGGCUGAGCUCCAGUCCCGCUUCUUUGCCUCCCAGGGCUGCGCCCAGAGUCCAUUCCAGCAGGCCGCGCCGGCGCCCCCACCCACGCCCCAGCCCCCGGCGGCCGAGCCCCUCCAGGUGGACUUGCUCCCAGUUCUCGCCGCCGCCCAGGAGUCUGCCGCCGCCGCGGCCGCCGCCGCAGCUGCCGCUGCCGCCGCCGCCGUCGCUGCUGCGCCCCCGGCCCCGGCCGCCGCCUCCACAGUGGACACAGCGGCUCUGAAGCAGCCGCCGGCGCCCCCGCCGCCGCCCCCGCCGGUGUCGGCGCCCGCGGCCGAGACCGCGCCCCCUGUCUCUGCCGCCACCAUCGCCGCAGCCGCGGCCACCGCCGUCGUAGCCCCAACCUCGACGGUCGCCGUGGCCCCUGUCGCCUCUGCCUUGGAGAAGAAGACAAAGAGCAAGGGGCCCUACAUCUGCGCCCUGUGCGCCAAGGAGUUCAAGAACGGCUACAACCUCCGGAGGCACGAGGCCAUCCACACGGGAGCCAAGGCCGGCCGGGUCCCCUCGGGUGCUAUGAAGAUGCCCACCAUGGUGCCCCUGAGCCUCCUGAGCGUGCCCCAGCUGAGCGGAGCCGGCGGGGGAGGGGGAGAGGCGGGUGCGGGCGGCGGAGCGGCCGCCGUGGCCGCGGGUGGCGUGGUGACCACGACCGCCUCGGGAAAGCGCAUCCGGAAGAACCACGCCUGUGAGAUGUGCGGCAAGGCCUUCCGCGACGUCUACCACCUGAACCGACACAAGCUGUCGCACUCGGACGAGAAGCCCUACCAGUGCCCGGUGUGCCAGCAGCGCUUCAAGCGCAAGGACCGCAUGAGCUACCACGUGCGCUCACAUGACGGCGCUGUGCACAAGCCCUACAACUGCUCCCACUGUGGCAAGAGCUUCUCCCGGCCGGAUCACCUCAACAGUCACGUCAGACAAGUGCACUCAACAGAACGGCCCUUCAAAUGUGAGAAAUGUGAGGCAGCUUUUGCUACGAAGGACCGACUGCGGGCGCACACAGUCCGACACGAGGAGAAGGUGCCAUGUCACGUGUGUGGCAAGAUGCUGAGCUCGGCUUAUAUUUCGGACCACAUGAAGGUGCACAGCCAGGGCCCUCACCACGUCUGUGAGCUCUGCAACAAAGGUACUGGUGAGGUCUGUCCUAUGGCGGCGGCAGCGGCGGCGGCUGCGGCGGCGGCAGCGGCGGCGGUGGUGACAGCCCCCCCCACAGCUGUGGGCUCCCUCUCGGGGGCCGAGGGGGUGCCCGUGAGCUCUCAGCCACUUCCCUCCCAGCCCUGGUGAGCUCCAGGUUGGCGGCGGGGAGAGUGGAACGUGGAGGAAAGUCCCUUGGUACCGUCUCCUCUUCCCCUCUCUCUUCCUACCAACUUCUCACUCCUCCCCCACCGACCAAGGAGCCUCCAGAAGGAUCUGAGGAAGAGAUGUUUCUUAGGGGAAUUCGCUAGGUUUUAACGAUUUGUUUCUCCUGCUCCUCUCUUCUCCCUAUCAGACCUGACCCCACCCACACCUGUCCCCUC